AUGUCUGCAACUGCUCCUAUCAGAAUCGCGGCUCGUGCGCAGCCCGCCAAGUACGCGUUCAUCAUCUUCCAUGGCCUCGGCGACAGCGGUGCCGGCUGGACGUUCCUGGCCGAGUACCUGCAGCGCGACCCGGCACUCGCAAGCGCGCAGUUCGUGUUCCCGACAGCGCCGGUGCGCCCGAUCACGGCGAACAACUUCGCGCCCGCCACGGCGUGGCUGGACGUGCGCUCGUGGCUCUCGCACGAGUCCGUGGACCUCGAGGGCUUCAACGAGUCCAUGAAACUCGUCCCGAAGCUCAUCGAGGAGCAGGUCGCGCAGGGCAUUCCCUACGAGCGCAUCUGGAUCGGCGGCUUCUCGCAGGGCGCUGCGUUGACGAUGGGCACCGCGCUGAGCUUCCCGCACCGCCUCGGCGGCUUCCUGUCGUUCUCCGGCCCGCCCAGCUACCGCUGGCUCGAGCAUACCGUGUCCGACGCCAACACGGGGGCGCCCGUCUUCCAAUCGCAUGGCACCAUGGACGAGGUCUUCCCUUCCAGCGGUGCGGAAGCUGUUCACCGGAGCUUCACCUCCCAGUACGGCUUUAAAAACCACCGCCUGAAGAUUUACGACGGCUUAGGGCACUCGAUCUCGCCCCAGCUGCUGGACGAUGCGCUGGCUUUUAUCAAGGCCAACCUCGACGCCGAGAAGCCGGCCCCGCGGCCCGCCCUGUGA